UCUGGUUUGGAUUACACCAAACCAUUUCCUAGCUGGCAUCAAAGCGCAUGCGCGUAGUUUGCCUCUUCCUUUCUGCCAUAGUUGUGCGUCAUGGCGACCAUGAAAAAGCAAAGCACCAAGGGUGGCAAGAAGAAGAAGCAGAUCCUGAAGUUCACUCUGGACUGCACCCACCCUGUCGAAGAUGGUAUCAUGGACGCUGCUAACUUUGAGCAGUUCCUGCAGGAGCGGAUCAAGGUGAACGGGAAGGCCGGGAAUCUGGGCGGCGGGGCCAUCGCCAUCGAGAGGAGCAAGAGCAAAAUCACAGUCACUUCGGAGGUCCCCUUAUCCAAAAGGUAUCUGAAAUACCUGACAAAGAAGUACCUCAAGAAGAACAACCUGCGAGACUGGCUGCGCGUGGUAGCUAACACCAAGGAGAGCUACGAGCUGCGCUACUUCCAGAUUAACCAGGACGAAGAGGAGGAGGAGGAUGAGGAUUAAGCCUUCUCAGCUGUAUCAAUUUUGUAUAUUCAAUAAACAGUCAUGAGACAACUGA